UCACACCACAUUGUGAUCACACAUUGCGCUCUCCUCUCAAGUUCGGACGCGUCGUUGAUCGCUCGCUGAUUUUCUCACGUCUUGCCCUAGGUUGAAUAAUCACCGUUUUUACCCAUAGUUGAAAGCGUUUGCCGAGUAGAAAAUUCGACUCCUCUAGAAAAUAUAAUGGCUCCUAAAACGUUUAAAUGGACUCUGGGACUCUUGAACAACGCCAGUAAGAAAUAUCUCACGCUCGAAACAUUCGGUUUCAAGCUGAACGUCGAUGGAGCUUCGAUGAGGAAGAAGCAGAUAUGGACGCUGGAACAGGACCAAGGCAGCGACAUCUGCUAUUUUCGGAGUCACUUGAACCGGUACUUGUCUGCUGAUCCGAAAGGCAACAUGAAGUGCGAAGAAGAAGAGCGUACAGAGGAAACGAAAUUCACGGUGGAGACGCAAGCCAGCGGAAACUGGGCAAUAAAGAGCGUUCACGGGGCUUACUUCGGAGGAGCAGGUGAUCAGCUGAAAUGCGUGGCUAAACCAUCAACAACUGAGCUUUGGUCGAUUCAGCUCGCCAUGCACCCGCAAAUCAAUGUGAUGAGCUCGCGAAGGACACGCUACGCGCAUCUCGACACCAAAACCGAGACUAUAACAGCCACGGAGAUUAUUCCAUGGGGAGCAGACGCUAUGCUCACCCUCGAGUUCGACGAAAAUCAAGGAAAGUACGCUUUUGUAGCCAGCAAUAAAAAGUACUUGAACAGCGACGGCUCUCUGAAUGAAGAUCCCAGCAAAAAAAGUCUAUUCACCAUUGAGUUUCACGAGGGGGAGGUGGCCUUCCGAACGGACAAAGGCAAUUAUCUAGCAGCGGUGGGAACGGGUAAAAUCCAAGCCGGGAAAAACACCACCGUCGGAAAAGACGAGCUUUUCGUUAUCCAAGAUAGCCCGCCGCAGGUUUCAUUCAUCGGCCAAAGAGACAGACGACUCUCGAUUCACCAAGGAAUGGAUGUGAUCCUGAGUCGCCGUGAUGAACUUGAAGACACAGAGAUAUUCCAGCUGGAAUUUGACAAGACCAGUGACAAGGGACAAGUAGCAGUGCGUGGAACCAAUGGCAAAUACUGGUACCUGGGUGAGAAGGGCAUGACAGCUUCAGCAGAAACACCAGGAGAUAACUGCUGGUUUGAGCUGGAAUGGCAUGGAAAACAGAUUGUUUUCAAAGCUGGAAAUGGGAAGUACAUCACAGGCAAGGACAAUGGCCAUCUUAUUGAAGGCAGUGAUGAAAUUGACCAGGAGAGAGGGUUUCAUGUGCCAGAGCUUGUCAACAGACCCAUGCUGGUCCUGCGUGGUGAACAUGGCUUUGUUGGAGUAAAAUCUGGAAAAGAUUUAUUAGAGAGCAAUCAUUCUAAAUAUGAUGUGUUCUUUGUGAUGAGCAAGAAUGGUUCAUACAAGAUCCGUACUGACUCUGGUAAGUACUGGUGCUGUGAUGAAAAAGGUAAUGUAGUGUUGGCAAGUGACGAAGGUGGUGCCCAUGAGUACAGUAUUGAACUUCCCAAGUACAACAGAAUGGCAAUAAAAGCUGCCAAUGGACUUUACCUAGAGGGGCACCAGAAUGGAUCCCUUUGUGCCUCAGGAAAGUCACUUGGAAAAAACAGUUUAUGGGAGUACUAGAAUGCAAGUGGAGAAUGAAUUAAUAAUUUUUCAAACUUAGACAAUAUUUUUGAACCCAGUAAGCUGAAACCAUAACAGAUGAUUUCUAAUAAAAAUUCUAAAUUUAAUUAAUUCUCCUUAGUUGUGAAUGAUAUUGUUACAUUUGCGUUAUUAUAAGAAGGUUAUGGUUACUUCUGAGUGUAAGUGGCUCUAAGAUUUAUUUCAGUUGUCACACUUGUAUAACAGCCUUAAAACCUGAAAUGGUGACUUAAAGACAAGGUUAGAUUGUGUCUACUGGUCCAGUGACACCUGCCUUCCACAUCAAAAAAGUAACGUCUUCAACCAAGGUUGUUAGCUUGCUCAAAAUUAAUCUCAAGCAAUUGUUAUUAUUAUCAUUAUGAUUAUUAUAGUUGUUAUUAUAAUUAGCUUGUUUACAAUUGUGUUCAUUUAUGAGGCAAAAAACUUUUGCUGGUAAAUAACCUGAAUUUCCCAACAUUAAAAAAGAAAACAAGACAUAACAAAACAUAAUAAUUAUAAUAAGAAAAUCAUUUAUUUAGGUGGCAAAUACUGGAGAAACAGUGAAGUUUUUUCCAAUCAUUGGAUGUGGUUCAGAAAGAAUCUCUAAUAAAAAUGUUCUGAAAUAAUUUGUAAUCAGUUGGAUUACAAGAGUAUACUUAGUUACUGUUCAUUACCACUAAAAACAGAGCUUUCAGAGGGUACUGAGUACAGAGAAAAUCUAUCUUUGACACUUUUUUUAACAGCUCUAAACAAUAUAAAACUAAAAGUGUGCACUAACUACACCUACAGUCCAGGUUCCAAAAGAGAAAAAAAAAAUUUUUUUAAGAAUAAUUGUUAUGUCAAUGACAGUACUGCAUACACAGUAUCUUGUGCAAGAACAAGUUAGUUUUUGGGUUUGAAUAUCAAGGAACAAAUUGACAAUGUCAAAAAUUGUGAAAAUAAAGACUCCUUUCAUUUAAAAAACAUGAAAUAGUGAAGUUGUAAACCCUGCAUUUGUUUUGAGCUAUGAAUAAAACUGUAACAUCCCUAUA